AUGUCACCCACUAGUGACACAAAGGAAGAAGCAAAUGUUGAGCCAGCACAAGACUUGUAUCCUAUAACGGACCUGGACGAAGGAAUCGUUGGUUGGGAGGACCAGGAUGACCCUUUAAAUCCACGAAAUUUCCCGAAGCCGCGGAAGUGGUUUCUUCUUGCACUUGUUAGUGCUAUUACCUUAAUAAGUCCAUUUGCAUCCUCGGUCUUUGCGCCUGCUGUCAAAGAUGCCAAUCGAGAAUUUGGUAACAAAUCAUCUAUAUUGGGGGAAAUUGCAGUCACGAGUUAUUUGUUUGGAUAUAGUGCUGGCCCAUUGUUUCUUUCGCCGUUGAGCGAAUUGUACGGACGGAGACUCACCCUGAACAUGUCAACUUGUUUCUUCGUCCUGUUUCAGAUCGGUUGUGCGCUUGCGCCGAGCCUUUCCUCAUUGAUCGUCUUUAGGCUUCUUACCGGCAUCGGUGGUUCCGCGUGCUUGACAAUCGGCGGCGGAGUGAUAUCUGAUCUAUUCAUCGCGGAGGAACGGGGGCUGGCAAUGUCUAUCUUCUCUUUUGGACCUUUGAUGGGCCCCGUGCUCGGGCCUAUUUGUGGUGGAUUUAUUGCCCAAGGUGCAGGAUGGAGAUGGGUUUUCUGGGUGCUCACAAUUUCAGGUGGCACCAUGACGUCUUUGGUUAUGAUAUUUAACCGGGAAACAAAUCCGGUGGUACUUAUUAGCCGCAAGACUGUGCGAUUGCAAAAGGAAUACAAUCGCCCAGAUCUGCGUAGCUACUAUACGGCAAAAAGCAACUUCCGUUCCAUGUCAAACACAUAUCAGCUUCUGCAUAGUUUGACAACUCCACUUCGACUCCUCUUUCGUUCUCCGAUAGUGUCUAUGCUGGCGCUAUAUAUUGCCUUUAUCUAUGGUUGCUUAUACCUCCUUUUCACGACGGUCACAGAUGUCUUUCAAGAUACCUAUGGCUGGAGCCUUCAGAUCAGCGGCCUAUCCUAUAUUGGAUUGGGCUUAGGAUUUAUAACCGGACAAUCGGUUUUCGGUCUCCUCAGUGACAAGAUAAUUCUGCGCCUCAAAUCUCGAAAUGCGGGAGUAUUUGAACCAGAGAUGCGUCUACCUCUGUCAAUAGUGUUCGCAUUCUUCGUUCCCAUAUCAUUUUUCUGGUAUGGCUGGGCGGUGGAAGCCAAAACUCAUUGGAUUGUUCCCAUAAUUGGCCUGGUUCCAUUUGCGUUCGGCUUUGUUGGGAUUUUUGGGACUCUGCAGACAUACGUUAUCGAUUCGUAUCCUCUUCAUGCUGCGUCUGGAAUCGCUGCAAUAACCAUCUGCCGCUCUUUGUUCGGUGCUCUUCUACCGCUCGCCGGGCCAUCCAUGUACCAACGCCUUGGUUAUGGCUGGGGAAAUUCGUUGCUAGGUUUCAUAACCUUGGCGAUGAUCCCUAUGCCAGCUAUUUUCAAGCGAUUUGGGGGCUCACUUAGAAAAAAGUUCGUGCUUGAAUCACACUGA